AUGGCUGAAAACUUCGACGGCCUAACAAAUAAGCUCCCAGAGCUCAAACUAGAUUCUAAGCAAGCGCAAGGGUUUCUAUCAUUUUUCAAAACCCUAUCUGAUGAUCCAAGGGCUGUGCGGCUUUUUGACCGUCGGGACUACUAUACUGCCCAUGGCGAGAAUGCAACUUUCGUUGCUAAGACCUACUACCAUACUACUGCUAUGCGACAGCUGUGUAUGGAACACCUGGUAAAUAUUGGUAGUGUUGAAGACAUUCUGUUUUCUAACAGUGAUAUGCAAGAUUCUCCUGUCGUUGUUGCUUUGUCACCUAACUACCGUGAAAAUGGUUGCACAAUUGAGUUAGGAUUUGUUGAUCGAAUUAAGAGAGUACUUAGGAUGGCUGAAUUCCUUGAUGACAGUCACUUUACAAAUGUGGAGUCAGCAUUGGUUGCACUUGGCUGCAAAGGGUGCCUUCUGCCUAUAGAGUCUGGCAAAUCUACUGAAAAUAGAAUGUUUUGGAUCCGGUCCAGGAUCUUGGCAGGCUUGUUAAAAGGUCCUAUUGAACCAGUUCGAGAUUUAGUAUCUAGAUUUGAACUUGCACCUGGUGCUUUGGGGGCAUUACUAUCUUAUGCAGAGUUACUUGCAGAUGGAAGCAAUUAUGAAAAUUAUACUCUUAUAGAUGUAGAAGAAAUUAAUUCCAGGCUGGACAUAGUACAGGCAUUUGUAGAGGACACUGUGCUUCGCCAAGAUCUGAGGCAGCAUCUGAAAAGAAUAUCAGACAUUGAGCGACUGAGUACAGUCUGCAGAAGCAGCGAGCUGGUCUGCAACAUAUUGUAUUUGGAGCCUCUUGAGUUAUGGACUGAUAAUGAGCAUUUGAACAAAUUCAUUGGGGUUGUAGAAGCUUCUGUUGACCUUGAUCAACUGGAGAAUUGGAAAUACAUGAUUUCUCCAAGCUAUGACUCUACACUAGCUAACCAAAAGGAGCAGCAAGAAUCACUAGAGAACCAAAUACAUAAAUUGCAUAGACAAACUGCUGAUGAUCUUGAUCUAUAUAGAUAA